UAACAGUUUACUUAUCCAUAUGUCCUAUACGCUGAUCGGUACAACGACACAUUUUACCUCUGCUACACCUCGACUGUCGACCAAACACAUUUCAAUGGAAGGGCUCUACAAGAACGAUGAACAACAAGCUCUGGAUGCCAUCAUCACAGCUCUACAGCUACUUGAAGGCGGAACCCAGUGCAUCCAUCAGCAUCUCCAGGUCAAAUUAGGAGAAAAAGGAACAGAUACGGGAUUUAAUGGAAGCGAUACACGUCCAAAUAUAACUUCCCCAAAUCAAUCAGGUCACUUUGCAUCCCUAUCGACACCACCGAAUGUUCCUGAAGAUCUGGCAAAUGGCGGUGAUGUCACUUCCGCUCCUGGUGCAGGGAGCUCAUCUGAUAGAGGACUUGGAAGAACUGGACAAGUCCUUUCAACUUCUGGCGUAGGGGAUUCUUCUCGUGUCUGUCAGACAUACCCAGGUCCUGUAUCAGAUAUAUCUGAUGUAGGCCAGGUAUAUGGAGAAAAUGCAACCUCUACGGGAGCACUAGCUGUUCCUCUGUUUGUCCAACGUAUAGCUGAUGGGGUAUCUAUGUUUGACGAAGAUGGUGAUGAUCCGCAUCUUCAUGACAGACGCCAAGGCCCUGUGAGCGGAGUGACGUCGACCCAACCUGCUACAAAGCGAAAGAGGCCACGCACCGGAAACAGAACAUCAGUGAAGGCCGUUCAGGUAAGCCAGAAUAUCGGCAAAGAGCAGGACAGUCAAAAACGCAUCAAAGCAAGGAACAUCCACCAUGCACAGAUGAGUAGAAGGAGAAGAAGGUUCAGACAAGCGGUCUUGGAACAGGAAACUGCCUGGCUGCAGAGAGACAUCUCCCGACUGGAAGCGGACAUCCGAUGUAUCAGCGAGGAAGUUGACGUAUUCACUGACGUACUGAUGAAUCACUCAUGCCCGGAUGUCAUCAGUGAAGUGUGAAUAAUUAUAAUAAUUAUAAUUAGCUCAAGUAGGCUGAUGGUCCUCCGAGGGACGAAAGCCACAACCAGUGACGUGUCGUCACGAAAGACACCGUCACUGAAUCGUCAUCACGUCAACAUGGUACGGUUGCGGUCAGUUUUCGAAAAAGCCAUUUGGUGGUUAAGACAUUUGAUCUCAAACCCCGCUGUCGGAAAUAUUAUGUGACAUUUGAAUUCCUAACUAGGAAUUUGUCUAGUUAAUCCUUUGUUUACAAAGGUCAAAGAGUUGCUACCGGUAGGGCAUGACAUACCUAACGUGUUCCUGAACACCCGGUGUCAUCACUGAUCUUCAGUGUUCCAUUCAUAUUAUUUCUACCCUUAUUUUACUUUCAACACCCAAUGAAAUCUAUUUUGGCAGUUAUUCGAAGCUGGAAAUCUAUCUUGCAAUCUCCUUUUUCCUCUAACUUGCAAGUUUGUUACCUGACACGAUCAAUCGAUACAUAUUUAUUAAAUGAGUGAACAAGGCCGACGCUUUUAAUGAAAAUCGAAUUAUUCAUCUAAUUUCCUUCCAUGCCUUAAAAUGAAUGUUAAACAAGUCUUUCGUACAUAAUCUAAAACAUCACUUCGGCCAAAGAAUUGCUCAGGUUCAAAUACUAGAAAAAGGCUUGGAAACAUCCAUUGAAAUCAAUCAAUUUAGUCUAAACUCUAAAGAUUUGUUGCUAAGUCCACCACAAGUGUCAGACUCGUUGAUAUGGCAACGUAUUCCAAUAAUGGACCAAUGCUCAUGAUAUUAAUCACUUGAUUGUGUGGUCCAGACUCGAUUGUUUACAGAAUGACGUCAUGCAACUUGGAUAUUGCCGAGUGUGGUGUUGAACAACGAACACGUCCACUCAUGACGUUGUACGAACACCUGGUGUCGUGGCUGCAACUACAGUGGGUGUUACUGUUUAUAUCUUUUUCAUUUAUGUGUUCCAUUUAUAUCUUGUUCUAUAUCGAUCACCAGGCAGAUAUACAUGAUUUAUAUAGGAAAACCUUUGUAUAUAUACCAAAAUUUGUGAUUUUUUAAGUACAUGUACGUAUGAUAUAAAAAAGAAUUACUCAAUUUGUUGAAUUAACAUUUAUGCCCAAAUAAUAAACAGAUUUCACCAACUGUAAAAUAUGUGGUUUGUCAUUU